AUGGCUUCCUCCGACCCCGAGUAUAUGGCCGAUGCGCCAGACGGCCAGGGUCGAUUCGAUGCCGGGACCAUUACGACGGGCGCGUUGGUCCUGGGCGGCGUUCUUACGUCGAUUUCGGUCAUAUUUGUCGGGCUGCGGAUAUUUACGAGGCUAUCUCUGGUCAAGAGGUCGCUCGGUGCCGACGAUUACACGUUGUAUCUUGUCCUCGCCGCAACGAACAUCAUCAUGGACAUUGUGUGCCUCAUUCUCCCCCUCAAGAUCAUCAUCCCUCUCCAAAUGCCAAAGCGCCAAAAGUGGUCCCUCAUCGCGUUGUUCGCAACCGGUGGCUUCGUCUGCCUCUGCGCCAUUCGACGGACAAUCCUCCUCCCACCCCUAUUCCAGAGCAAGGACUUCACCCGCGACGUCGAGAAGCAGCUCAACUGGGCCUCCGUCGAGGUCAACGCCGGCAUCAUCUGCGCGUCCGUCCCCGCGCUGAAGCCCUUCUUCAUGCGGUACUUGCCUAUGUUCGUGCACUCGCACAUCACCGGCUCGAGCAAGAAGUCGAACGCCAACUACCAGAACUACCAGACGUCGAUGCCCUACUCGACGACGGUGGAGAACAACAGGAAGCGGCGGAACGUGCAGUCGGAGGCGUACGAGCUGCACUCGCACGACGACCUGUCGCUGUCGUCGCACGAGAUGCCGAAGGCCGGGUCGGAUGAGGACGUUACGAAGCUUUGGUCUGGGAGUGCGUUCCGGAAUGACCGUACGAGCCAGUUGUUGACUACCAUCGAAUCCAAGACGAUGGAUAUGGAUGCAAAUAGCAUCGAUAGUGCGGGGGAGAUCAUGUCAGCUGAGGGAAGCAGCACGCGGCAGGGGUCGCAGGGGCCUACGAGGAUGGCGAGCUUUCAUGGUAUCACGGUCACGACGGAACUUGAAACCAAGGUUGACUAUGAGAAGACCUGA